CACUUGCGCGCGCGUUCUUCACUUCUUCAGUUCGCAGUCAGUGUCGCAGACCGAACGAGGCAAGCAGGAGAACACGCGUUUUCUCUCUCCCGCAGGGUUUUCAAGCCAUUAACCCCGCCCCCAGGCUCCCUAGAGGUCCCAACAACAAUCUGCACCAGCCAUGGAUGUGAGGUGUGUGCUGAUGAUGGUGCUGCUCGCAGUGGGCGCGCUGGCCUCCAAGGAUAUGACGCGCAAGAGCAUUGUCUUCGACAAAAACACCCCCGACGUGUUCUACUGCCCCAUCCACAAGCCCACCGGCAUGGACAAGCUGAUUGUCAAGGCGAAGCCCCUGGGCAAGCUGUGCGAGUUCGAGGGGGGCCCCAUUCCGGACGACUACAAGAGCGACUGCUACCAGGACGUGGACGAGAGCAGUUACGCCUGCAAGGAAAAGUACCGGAUAAUGAUGCGCCUGAGCCCGCCGGGGGCGGACGAGCCGCCCAUGGACGACCGCCAGAUGGGGCAGAUGCGCCGACUGGCGCGAUUCAUCGACGUCGACCGCGAGUACUACGAAAUGAAGCUGGACGAGAAGACGAAGAAAUCCCCGAAGCGACGCUUGCGCAAUCGCCUAGGCUAGCCGCUAAAAAGCCAACGAGUUCGUAACCAAAGCCUAACGUGAUUAACUUUUUUAUUGUUUUUAUGCCCCAAUCAGAGAAUGCUACUUUUUGUUAAACAAUUAAAUAAAUUUUUUAUUAAUCGA